AAACUGGGAGGAGUGUCCGAUACGGUGUGGGCUGUGCUGCCAGCCAGAGAGACCUGGGCAGGCUGAAGCCUUGGGCAGCGAGGAACUUCGUGGAGUUCAACAAAGGCAGGUGCUGAGUCCUGCACCAGAAUAACCCCCUGCACCUGUACAGCUUGGGAGCUGACCUGCUGGAAAGCAGCCCUGCAGGGAAGGACCUGGCAGUCCUGGUGGACAGCACGUUAACCGUGAGCCAGCACUAUGCCCUCGUGGCCAUCGGUCUCCUGGGUGCAUUCAGAAGAGUGCUGCGAGCAGGCUGAGGGAGGGGAUCCUGCCCAUCCAUCCAGCCCUGGCAACUUGUUGCAGCGCUGGAAUGUGCCCGUAGGACUACAGAUGAGCAGACAAGUGGCUAGCUCUGAUGUGCCUGGGGGCAAAGGCAGUAGUUCUGUUUUUGCCCUUAUUAUGGGCUUGUCAACGUUAGGAGCGGGUGUAUAUGUGUACAAAACGUUAAGAGAAAACAAAGAGCGUUUCACCAGCCGUGUCACAACAAUAACAGCACGAUCACAAGAAAAUGCAUCAUCUCCUGGUGCUGCUUCUCGGGGCUCAGCAGCUCCAGAAGCUCACCCUGAGGUCCCAUCUCAUGUUCCUUUCCUGCUAAUCGGUGGAGGAACUGCUGCUUUUGCUGCUGCCCCCAUUCGGGCUCGUGACCCUGGUGCCCGGGUGCUGAUUGUGUCUGAAGAUCCUUCAUUGCCCUACAUGCGUCCGCCCCUUUCCAAAGAACUGUGGUUCUCAGAUGAUCCAAAUGUGACGGAGACUCUGCGAUUCAAACAGUGGAAUGGCAAGGAGAGGAGCAUAUAUUUCCAGCCACCGUCAUUCUAUGUGCCUGCUCGUGAUCUGCCUUUUGUAGAAAAUGGUGGAGUAGCAGUUCUCUGUGGCAAGAAGGUGAGUGCAUCACUAGCUGUUGUUCUAUCAUCAUACAGCUCUUCCCAAGCAGAACCCAUGGUCUAAGCUUAAAAGUAACAGCUGUAAACCCUUGUGGGGGGCUGGCUGAGGAGGAGCAUAUGAAAAAUGUUGUGAAAAAUUUAUACAGUGAAUCUGGGACUACCCUAAUCUUAAGGACAGCAUGUGUGAAGCUUGAAAGCAGGAAAAGCUAUGAAAAAUAGCAGUGAUCUGAGGGAAGUUGAAGCAGGAAGGAUGAGAUUGGAGUAU